AUGGGAGCGACGGGCGCGAAGGAGCCGAGGGAUUGGCUGAGCUGGAAAAGGGGCGUGGGGAAGCGCAUGAGCACAGCAUCCCCAGGAGAGAAGGGGGCGGGGGGCGUCAGUGAGUUGAGUUGCAAGAGCCGGAAACUGUCCGGAGGAGCGCCUGAAACCCACCUUUUGCAAAUGCAGAGCCUGGUGACUUUUGAGGAUGUGGCCGUGUAUUUCACGAAAGAGCAGUGGGCUCUGCUGGACCCCAACCAACGAGCUUUGUACAAGGAAGUCAUGAUAGAGAAUUACGGGAAUGUGGCCUCCUUGGGAUACCCAGCCCCUAAGCCUGGCCUCAUCUGCCGCCUGGAACAAGGAGAGGAGCCCUGUGUGCCAGAUUCUCCGGAUGGAAGGAAGCUCUUCGACACCAGCUCAGAUAACCCUCGGAAAAAGCACUUGUGCACCGUGUGCGGCAAACGUUUCACUCAGAAACCGAAUCUCACCCGGCACCUGAGAAUCCACACGGGGGAGAAGCCCUACAAGUGUUUGGAGUGCGGCAAAUGUUUCGGCUGCCAUUCACACCUGAUGAGCCACCAGAUCGUCCACACCGGCGAGAAACCCUACAAGUGCUUGGUCUGCGACAAAUACUUCGGCCGCAAAGCGCACCUCGCCAGGCACCAGGGAAUCUACGCGGGGGAGACCCCUUACAAAUGCCUGGAGUGCGGGAAGCACUUUGCGUGCCAGUCUCAGCUCGUCAUCCACCGCAGGUACCACACGGGAGAGAAGCCCUACAAAUGCUUGGAGUGCGCCAAGUGCUUCGCCGACCCGUCGGCCCUCGUCAGCCACAAGAGGAUCCACGCCGUGGAGAGAUCCCACAAGUGCCUGGAGUGCGGGAAGAGCUUCGUCCAGCAGUCCCACCUCCUGAAGCACCAGAGAGUCCACACGGGGGAGAAACCGUACAAAUGCCCCGAAUGCGGGAAAUGUUUUGCCGACCGCUCCGUCUUCGCGAAACACCAGCGGGUGCACACGGGGGAGCGGCCCUACAAGUGCGCCGAGUGCGGGAAAACCUUCGCCCGCCAGGAACACCUCGGGAGCCACCGGAGGGUCCACACGGGGGAGAAGCCCUACAAAUGCUUGGUGUGCGGCAAGUCUUUCGCCCGCCAGUCGCACGUGGUGAGCCACCAGCGCGUCCACACGGGGGAGAAGCCCUGCAAGUGCGCCGAGUGCGGGAAGUGCUUUUCGGAGCGCUCGACGUUCGUCAGGCACCAGAGGACCCACACGGGGGAGAAGCCCUACCGGUGCCUAGACUGCGGGAAAUGUUUCGGCUCCCCUUCCCACCUGACCCGGCACCACCGGCGCCACACGGGCGAGAAGCCCCACGGUUGCCCGGAGUGCGGGAAAGCCUUCGCCGACCGCUCGGCCUUCGUCAAACACCAGCGUGUCCACACGGGCGAGAAGCCCUACAAGUGCGCAGAGUGCGGCCGGUGCUUUGCCAACCGCACCCACCUCGUGACCCACCGGCGCGUCCACACGGGGGAGAAGCCCUACGCCUGCUUGGAGUGCGGGAAAAGGUUUAGCGCGAAUCGGAGUCUCAUUCACCACCAGAGGCAACAUAUAGGGUAUCCUCUGGCCCAGUGCGUGGAGAACAUUUUGUUGACGAACCAAGCCUUGGGGUGUGAUGCCGGGGAAUCUGUGCAGGAAAACAAACUGUAUGAAUGGCUUUCAUCUGGGAAGUGGCUCAGCCUCCAAGGGUCUCUGGGUCAGAGUGAAGGUGUUCACACAGAAGGAGAAACCUUGGAGAUGCCUUGACCCAGGAUGGCCAAGCAUUCGUCGGAAGAAAGCACUGACCUAUGGCAGUCGGUUCUCUUGGAUGACAGACUGAGGCGACGUUACAGUCCAAAUGACACUAAAGCUGAAACAAGCUUUUUUCAACACAUUUUGGAAUUCUGCCACAAAAUAUGGGUGCUUUAGACUUUCAUUAGACAGUCUCUUUGAUUGUUUUGUUUUUUUUAAUCAGGUGUCAAAUAUAAAAUGCCAUAAGCUAUCAACUUUAAGAUAGUCAUAAACUAAACACCAUUGCAUGUCAGCUACAAAAUACUGGUAGGUAGUAAAUACUAUUGCAUGACUAUUAUCAAACACUACAUACCAUUCCAUUCCAACUUAUCAGAUUAUAGUAAACACUAUUGCAUGUCGGUGAUUAAAUGCGAACGUUUCGAAUGUCAAUUACUUAAAUGUGCUUAAAUACUAACUGCCAUUGCAUGCACAUCUGUCAAAUUUAGUGAAAUCAUAAAAAACUUUGCAUGUUAGCUAGCAAAUAUAGUCAAAUACGAAUUCUGUUGCAUGUCAGCUUUCAAAUACUAAUACUUCUGCAUGUCUUCUUUGAAAUGCUUUCAAGUAACAACUUUCAGAUACUACCGGGCAUCACAUAUUGACACUGCAUAUUUAUUACUUGGCAUCAAAUGUCAGAGAGAGCUUAAUUUGCGAGGCAAAUGUGUCUUAGCUCUGAAUGGUACACUUGCAAUCUCCCCCAAAGGUUUGGGUACGGUAUACAGUGCCGUGUGCAAUUCUGGUCACAUCUCAAAAAGGAUGGAGAGACUGAA